CAUUCGCUUUAAUAAAUAGCAGUACCAGUUGCUCUUACUAAAGUAGAAACAAAAAGAAGAAGACCCAUGGCUUCCCCUUCUUCUUUCCUCUGCUUUCUCUCUCUACUCUCUCUCCUCUCUUCAUCAACCUCCACCAUUACCAUCCCUCUCUCCCAUUUCCACACAAACCCAUCUCCAUCUCUAGAUCCAUACCAAACCCUCACCCAUCUAGCCUCCACUUCCUUAACCAGAGCCCACCACCUCAAAAACCCCCCAAUUGUUGCUCUCUCUACCACCCCUCACAGCUAUGGAGGCUACUCCAUUUCACUCAGCUUUGGCACGCCACCCCAAACCAUCCCUUUUGUGAUGGACACUGGCAGUGAUUUCAAUUGGUUUCCAUGUACUCACCGUUACCUCUGCAAAAAUUGUUCCUUCUCUGACCCACCUAUCAUUCCUUCUUUUAUCCCCAAAUUGUCCUCCUCCUCCAAAAUUCUCGGCUGUGAAAACCCCAGAUGUGGUUGGAUUCACAACCCAGAUGCUCGAUCUCGAUGCCAAGAUUGCCAACCCAGUUCCAAAAAUUGUACAGAGAUCUGCCCGCCGUAUUUGAUUCUCUACGGUUCGGGCACCACCGGCGGUAUCACGCUCCUCGAAACCCUAGAUCUGCCGGGGAAGAAGGUGCCCGACUUCGUCGUCGGCUGUUCUCUCUUCUCUUCCCGUCAACCCGCCGGAAUUUCCGGGUUCGGCCGUGGCUCUGCCUCGCUGCCGAGUCAACUCGGUCUCAAAAAGUUCUCUUAUUGCCUUCUCGCCCACCAAUUCGACGACAGCAGUGAAAGCAGCUUGCUUAUGUUGGACGCCGAGUCAGAUUCCGGCCACAAGACCGACAAUGUCAGCUACACCCCGUUCGUUACAAACCCAGUGGUCGCCGAAAGACGGGCAUUUUCAGUAUACUAUUACGUCGGGCUGAGAAAGAUCACCGUCGGCGUUGAGCGAGUCAAAAUUCCGUACAAGUACCUCUCGCCGGGAUCUGACGGCACCGGCGGAACGAUUGUAGAUUCCGGCACAACUUUCACGUACAUGAACAACAUGGUGUUCAAGCUCGUGAUUGGUUCAUUUUUAAAGCAAGUCAAGAACUACAAAAGAGCAUCGUACGCCGAGUCUCUGACAGGCUUGGGAUUGUGUUUCAACGUCUCUGGUACCAAAACGGUGUCGUUGCCCGAGAUCGUGUUCCACUUCAAGGGUGGGGCAAAAAUGGCAUUGCCGUUGAGCAAUUAUUUUGCAUUCGUCGGUAAUGGUGUUGUUUGUUUCACCAUGGUGUCGGAUGGAGUCUUGGGUCCGGAAUCGUCGGGCGGGCCGUCCAUUAUUUUGGGGAAUUUUCAGAUGCAGAAUUAUUAUGUAGAGUAUGAUCUUAGGAAUGAUAGAUUAGGGUUUAGACAACAAUCAUGCAAAUAAUUUAACAUGAUUCAAAUAUAUAUAUAUAUAUAUAUAUAUAUAUAUGUUAUUAAUAAUGUGAAAAAAAGGGUUCACAUUUCACUACUAUAUUAGUAAUAACUAGAGGCAACAUUCUUGUGGGCUUCGGGCAUUAUAUUUAUUUUGAGGUUGUAUUGAAUUUAGUUUCAUGUAAUAAGAUUGUACGUACAAUUCUGCACCGAUUUUAAAGAUAACAUAUUUUUGAGCA